UUGAGAAAGACAUCUCCCAUUCAUUUAUCACGAUGGCUUUCCUCAGCUCAGUGCAAAUGACAGCGGGGUUUGUUGUUAACAAGAAAGGUGGAAUGGAAAAACAGUCAAACGCUAUGAACGGGAGACAUCGAGAACGUAUCAACAAGACAACCUUUAAUUGGAUUUAUCUUUCAACUAUCUGAUUAGUUAGGGGGAGUAUACAUUGAACCGCAGAUGACUGUAUAUUAUUUGUACACAUCCAAAGUGUUUCUGGAUCUGUUGUUAGCCAGGAAGCUAACAUUAUAGCUAGAUGGCGAUGUGUUUGUGAUUUGGCUGGCUGGCUGAUUGUUUCAAGUUGUUUUAUGGAGUUAGGUAGCCUGUGUGCUACAGAAAUAGUAGCUGGUUUGUCACUACCGUGAUUGUAGGUUAGCAAACAAGCUAACUAACCAGUGGCGCUACAUUGUUACUGUAGCUAGCUAGCCUCGACGUUUACAGGAUGAAUAACGUUAGCAGUCGAAAACACCAGCUUUUUAAAGGAGUCGAAGUGAGCUGCUGUGUCAAAUACUUCUUGUUUGGAUUUAACAUCAUAUUCUGGUUACUAGGAGCAGGCUUCCUGGGCAUAGGGCUGUGGGCAUGGGCCGAGAAGGGGGUGCUGUCCAACAUGGCGUCCAUAACAGACCUGGGAGGCUUCGACCCUGUGUGGCUGUUCAUCGUAGUGGGAGGAGUCAUGUUCAUCCUGGGAUUCGCUGGCUGCAUCGGGGCGUUACGGGAAAACACCUUGCUGCUCAAAUUUUUCUCAGUGUUCCUGGGUCUGAUCUUCUUCUUGGAGCUGACAGCAGGCAUCCUGGCCUUUGUGUUUAAAGACUGGAUCAAAGACCAGCUCAACUUCUUCAUCAACACCAACGUCAAGGCUUACCGCGACGACAUCGACCUGCAGAACCUCAUAGACUUCACACAGGGAUAUUGGUCGUGCUGUGGAGCCCACGGUUCUAAUGACUGGAACCUGAAUAUCUACUUCAACUGCACGGAGUUUAACCCCAGUAGAGAGCGCUGUGGCGUCCCCUUCUCCUGCUGCGUCAAAGACCCUGCCGAAGACGUCCUUAACACACAGUGUGGCUACGACGUGAGACUUCAAGGGGAGUUGGACCAGCAGAAGUACAUCUACACUAAGGGUUGCGUGGGCCAGUUUGAGAGGUGGCUUCAGGACAACCUGAUCAUUGUAGCCGGGGUCUUUGUGGGCGUUGCACUUCUACAGAUAUUUGGGAUCUGCCUGGCUCAGAACCUGGUGAGUGACGUCAAGGCCGUGAAGGCCAACUGGUGACCCCAGGACCUUGGUGGGGGGGGGGGGCCUACUCUGACCUUUGAUCCCCAACAUCCAGCUCACCUCCCGCUGAACCGCUGAGAAACACAAACAUCUGUUUACCUCUGGACCUGCCGGGCUGAGAGGUGGAAACACAAGAGCUGUUUACCUCUGGACCUGCCAGGCUGAGAGGUGGAAACACAAGAGCUGUUUACCUCUGGACCUGCCGGGCUGAGAGGUGGAAACACAAGAGCUGUUUACCUCUGGUCCUGCCAGGCUGAGAGGUGGAAACACAAGAGCUGUUUACCUCUGGACCUGCCAGGCUGAGAGGUGGAAACACAAGAGCUGUUUACCUCUGGACCUGCCAGGCUGAGAGGUGGAAACACAAGAGCUGUUUACCUCUGGACCUGCCGGGCUGAGAGGUGGAAACACAAGAGCUGUUUACCUCUGGACCUGCCGGGCUGAGAGGUGGAAACACAAGAGCUGUUUACCUCUGGACCUGCCGGGCUGAGAGGUGGAAACACAAACAGCUGUUUACCUCUGGACCUGCCAGGCUGAGAGGUGGAAACACAAGAGCUGUUUACCUCUGGACCUGCCAGGCUGAGAGGUGGAAACACAAGAGCUGUUUACCUCUGGACCUGCCGGGCUGAGAGGUGGAAACACAAAACAUUGUUUACUGUCCCAAACACACACACACACACACACACACCGUUUAUUACCACUCUGGGCUGGGGACUUACAUACACCCACACACAAGUACCUAUGGACACACAGGGGACUCGUGUGGAUGUCUAGCUCAACUGAUCUGACUUGAGAAACUGGACUCUUUGUUGUUUACAGUUUGAUUCCACUGGUUGUUUGUACCUACUCCAGGAAGAUGCACCCAUUGGCUGGUGGAGAUGAAUGGAAAGACUAAAUAAACAGAUAGAGGACCUGGGUGAAAGCUGAGAAGAGGAUGAGAGGAGAGAUUACAACUCUCUUCUUUUUAUUCAGUCACAUAUCAGUCUAUUUCACCGGGUGUCACCUCAACCCUCCUACCACUAUGAUUUCAGAACAGCCCUUCAGAAAAGGCCUUCCAGAGCUGCUUGUUAGAUACCUACUAAUCCCACGUGUACAGCCUUUCUGUUUCCUGUACAGUAUAGAGUGGGCUGCCGACUGACCUACUGGCUGGCUGACAGGAUGUCAUUUCCUCCGUUACUCUAUGACCACUGAAAGACAUAAAGCGCACUUCCUGUUAGCGCAAAGUAAGGAAAUGGGAGUAUUCCAUUUCACGUUCAGAAAAUUCCGGUUAGCAAGGCCUUGCUACGUAUGCAUGUCUUUAACCGCCUGCUUUUGAAUGGCAUGUUCAAACAUAUAUAUAACGUUAUACUGACCUUUAUACUGACGUUAAAUAUAUAUAUAUAUAUAUAUGAAUUUAUUUUCAGAGUUUUGUCUGUUGAUGUUUUGAGUUUAAUCAAACAACAGACAGACAUAUAUGGAGAGAUUGUUUCUCUCCCAGCGUUCCUGAAGCUUUGGGCCUUUUACUUGAUCUAAACUUUAACCUUAUACUGAUGUUAAACCUCUGAUAUGUUGGCGUUAAAUCUCUGUUAUACUGACGUUAAAUCUGUUAUGCUGACGUUAAAUCUGUUAUGCUGACGUUAAAUCUCUGUUAUACUGACGUUAAAUCUCUGUUAUACUGACGUUAAAUCUCUGUUAUACUGACUUUAAAUCUCUGUUAUACUGACGUUAAAUCUGUUAUGCUGACGUUAAAUCUCUGUUAUACUGACAUUAAAUCUCUGUUAUACUGACGUUAAAUCUCUGUUAUACUGACGUUAAAUCUCUGUUAUACUGACGUUAAAUCUCUGUUAAACUGACGUUAAAUCUCUGUUAUAAUGACGUUAAAUCUCUGUUAUACUGACGUUAAAUCUCUGUUAUACUCACGUUAAAUCUCUGUUAUACUCACGUUAAAUCUCUGUUAUACUGACGUUAAAUCUCUGUUAUACUGACGUUAAAUCUCUGUUAUACUGACGUUAAAUCUCUGUUAAACUGACGUUAAAUCUCUGUUAUACUGACGUUAAAUCUCUGUUAAACUGACGUUAAAUCUCUGUUAUCCUGGGGUUGGUUUGAUGCCUUUAUUCUGUCUCUUCUGGUAUCCCACCUUUUUGGAAGCUUGAAUUACAUUACACCCGUGUUGUUAUUCUUAUGUCUUAUCAACAAAAACAACAACAAAUCUCCUUGUGUUUGUUGUCUGUCUUCGUUGGACUGGUUUUUAAUGUGUUUAUAUGAAAUAACACACACUUGUUAAUAUCUUUAAAUAUAAAUAGUAACAGAUUUUCUCAGUAAAACAUGAAUGCUGCUGUAUCAUUUAUAUUAGUAAGUAGAGUUUCCGGGUACUUUUCCCAUGUUUUCCAGGAAUCCUGAUUGUAGGAUUCCGUAUUUCCUGCUUUUUCCUUCCUGAUUCUGGGAAUCUUCCAACUGGGAAUUCUGGGAAAGUUAACAUUAAUUUUUCAUCCCUGUUAGUACAGUACGUUAUCAGUAACCAUGGUGACAUGUAAAUUAUUUUAUUGUUACAUUUUCAAUACAGAGUUUACACUGUGCAUCCCAGUACAUUUUUCAAUACAGUUUACACUGGUCAUCCCGGUACAUUUUCAGAUUUGUAGCAAUAUAUGUUUUACAUUUGAAUUCAUUGUAUUUAUUGGGAUUUGUCUGGCAUGAAGACAUUCCCUGCAGUGUCCCAGUAGCCACCCAAGAUGUCAGCUCUUCUACCCAUUAAUAGCCCCUCUUUGUGGUAGCGUUUCGAAGAGUGGUCAGGGUCCCCCUAGCUACUUCCCUCCCAAGGCCUCGCUCUUCCUGUGGUAUACACAAGGCCUAUAUGUAGGAGCUGUAACUCCUCUUUGGGAUCCUCCCUGGUCGCUUGAUGUUGUAAUAACAGGCAUGAUUCUGUAUCAUUUACGUCCCUGCUUGUCAGACAACUCCAUGUCCCACUCGUACACGCUGCAGUCCAGCAGCAUGGGCCCUGGGUGUUUUAAGGGAACACACUAGUGUCGUUCCUCAAGUAGCCUCGAACGAUGGUUUGGCCUGGAUAUGACCAUCAGGGUAUAUAGCCUUGAUAAUGACGACCAGACUAUAGCUUUAUGCCUAUUUCUUUACCAAUCACUUCCUCGAUGUUUGGCCUGAAUAUCACAACCACCAGUUAGUGUGCCCAGGCCAGAUUUUUAUGCUGACAAAAUGAAAGAUUACAUGGAUAUUAGAACAGGAUAUUUGUUUUAAAGAUUCAAUGCAGCCGUGCUUUUCUCUUAUCAAAUGAGUCUGUCGUUUUGUGCUGAUGUCAAAAUGACGUGAUUUAUAAUUCAUGUAGGCCAGCUCGGGUUCAGCCCAUCGGUUUCUUGGACCAAUCAGAACGGUUUGAAUGUGUUUGCGUUUGAGAAGUCGUCUGGGAGGAAGCAAAUCCAGACUCAUGGUGGAGAAGAAACCUUAGUGGGUGUGGCGUCUGGCUGGAGCCAUGUGGAUGGGUAGACAGGAAACUAUAUAGAGGCUCCAUAUCAAAGAGUUACAUUCCAUUUUCAGGGGUUUGAUUUACUUCCUUUCUUUCCUGUGUUAUUUCCUAUGCUACAUCCUGUGUUACUUUCUGUGUUACUUUCUGUGUUACUUUCUGUGUUACUUUCUGUGUUACUUUCUGUGUUACUUCCUGUGUUACUUCCUGUGUUAUUUUCUGUGUUACUUCCUGUGUUACUUCCUGUGUUACUUCCUGUGUUAUUUUCUGUGUUACUUCCUGUGUAACUUCCUGUGUUACUUCCUGUGUUACUUCCUGUGUAUGUGCAUGGUCUUUUCCAACCACUUCAUCUCAGAUAAAUGCAUCUGCAACAUUUUGGUGCUUUUCACAUUUUGUUACAACACACCGCUUCAUGAAUGAUUGGUAGAUUUCAAAGCACGUCUAGACCUGAGUGAGGCUCUAUGCCUACCCAAGUUCCGGAUGUCAGUUAUGGUCUUCUCCUCAUAAGACAAGACUGAUCUAUUAUAGAUACACAAUAUUGUCUCCGUGUUUUAAGUUCGCAUCCGAAAUGUGCAUUUUAUCAAUGAUUCUUAGGAUUUCUAGUACACACUGGGUUGGUGGUGUCUGGUGUUUUCACAGAACAGGACUGAAUUAUUUCUCUGUUUUAUGACAUAAAGGGGUGUCUGUGGUUUCUGCCGUCUGUAACUAACCAGUUUGUUGGGAGUUUUUAAUUUUAAUUUUAUUUUAUCUCAAAGCCUCCUUUUACGUUCCCCUCAUAGCUUGGAACAUUUCCAGAGUCUACCUCAUCUUAGAGAGAAUGUCCUUUAAUAAAGCUAGUGGUCGGAUUUGUUUUCCGUCGUCUGUCAGAAAGACGCUGAGAGGUGCCGGGAAUCUCUGUUUGGUAAUACCGAUAACAGCGCCAUGACAGAAAGCCAGUAGAUCAUAGUGUUAUUUGUACUUUCUGAAGACGUAACAUAGUUUCAAUGAAAAGUUACUGGGCGAUAAUGUUUAUAAGUGAAAUGUUUUGAAAAGUUUGUCCUGAACUGGACAAUGGCAUUGUGUGUAAUCUCUAUCGCCGCAGUGACAGUACCAUAGCCAAUUCCAUUUAAGUUGAUUCAAAAGGAUAUUUCCUGUAUCUUGCUCUUCUUCUUCUUAUGUUGAAAAAUGUAGCAUUCGUGUGUUUUUGAUGGGAGAAAUGUUGAAGAUGCUUUUUUUGUCUUCAUUUCUUGAAUUCCAUGUUGUCAUCAAUACAGCUGGAAUGUCAACUAGUAACAGAUAGAACUCCUUACAUGAUGAAAACGAGUAAAAUUACUUUGAUUGUGGGACAUGGUCUCUUACACUUUACAUUGUGUUACAAAAUAUACUUAUUUUUCAUAUUAAAUAAAAAUGAUUUAUUAAAAACA